AUGCUCGCUACUACUCUCUUCACCACCCUCGCCCUCCUCGCCUCGGCCUCGGCCGCUCCCCAGUGGGGCCCGUACCGCGACUGGUCCAAGAACGGCAACAACGACAACCAGGGCAACUCGUACUCUGCCAACGGUGACAAGGCCUCGCAGGACUACGGCUACGAGGUCGCCGGCAUGGGCGGCAGCAGCAACGACUCGGCUUGGUCGGGCGGCGCGAUCGUCGCCCCGCCCACGGGCUUCACCCUCCCCCUCCCGCCCAACCAGUCCAACCUCACCAUGCCCGCCGGCCAGAGCGUCACCAUUGCGACUGUCUCACGCGGUGUCCAGAACUACACUUGCACCUCGGGUGCUUGGGUCUCGGACGGCGCGCUUGCCAACCUCUACGAUGCGGGCCUCCUCCUCGCGCUGACUGAGAACGUCGCCCCGGCCGAGAAGGUCACCGACGGCCUCGCGCCUCUCUUCCUCGCCGCGCAGUCGUUCCCCUCGAACAACCCCGCGCCGACCCUCCAGCACGAGUUUGUCGCGACGCCCAACAAGCCCGGCUCCAUCUCGCCCCGCUUCUUCAACCCCAACACGGGCGACACGGUCACCCUGGCCAAGGUCGGCACCAUCCCGUCGCCCGACAACUCGACCGCCGACGUCACCUGGCUCCAGCUCCAGGCCAUCGAGGGCAACCUCGCCAAGAGCGUCUUCCGCCUCCAGACGGCCGGCGGCCAGCCCUCGGGCGGCAGCUGCGCCGAGGGUACCCAGGCGAGCGUCGACUACGCCGCCAUGUACUACUUCCUCAGCUAG